UGAUGAUUCUGUGAUUGUAUGACAAGGAGUAGUUCUACGCACUGGCGGUGGAUGGGUCCCUGGGCAGCCCCUCACCGCCCGCUGCUGUGGGCAGGGCAGGGCAGGACAUCCCCCUCCCACGAGCUGCGUGUCGCCCAUCCCCGCACCGCCCGGACCCAACACCAGCGGAGCGGAGGGUUUGCGGGGCCGCCCCGCCGCGCCGUGCCCGCACGCAUCGGCUUCGGGUUGGGGCCGCCCCGCGGGGCGGGCAGCGCCGGGACCCCCCUCCCUUUCUCUCCCUUCUCCUCCCCUCCCCGCUGUGUGCGGGCGGAGCGCGGAGCGGCGCAUGGAGGGGCAGCGCUGAGCCCGGCCAUGGAGCAGCACCUGCGGCGGCUGAAGCAGGAGCUGCUGUCCAUGAAGGAGGUGGGCGACGGGCUGCACCAGCAGAUGAACUGCAUGAUGGGCGCACUGCAGGAGCUAAAGCUGCUCCAGGUCCAGGCAGCUUUGGAGCAGUUGGAGAUCUCAGGGGGCCGAGGUCCCAUCCCUGAGCAGCACCUGCACUGUCAGGGCGGCACAGCGGGGCUGGAGGAGCGGCCGCGGAGCCGAGCAGAAGCUGGGGGCUGCAGCCCUUCAUCCCUCACCUGCUCUGUGCCACAGCCAGCAUUGCCCCGUCCCACCUCGAUCCCAGAGAGCAGCCGCCUCGGAGACAUCAUCCCCUCUUCCUCCUCCUCUUCCUCCUCCUGCGGCCAGGACAGCUCCCGCUCCAAGGGACCUUCCCCAGCUCCAGCCAGAGCAGAGCGUGCACAUCCCAGGACAUCUGAAUGCAGCAGCCAAGGCACGGCUGGGGGAUGGACGGUGUGUGAUGAAAGCCAUGAUUGGACAUCCUCCCUCAUGUCCCAGAGCAGAAACAGGCAGCCUCUGGUCCUGGGAGAUAACAUCUUCGCAGACCUGGUUGGGAACUGGUUGGACCUGCCAGAGCUGGACAAGAAGGGGGAGAAGAGUGAAGCAUCGCUGUCUGCUGGCAGGUCCCAGGAGCUCUGCAGGAAGUUCUCCCUCACAGCCAACAUUUUCAAGAAGUUCCUGAGGAGCGUUCGGCCAGACCGGGAUCGGCUUCUCAAGGAGAAACCUUGCUGGCUGCCACCUGAAGACAAGCAGCCCGAGAUUUCCAAGAGACCCAAAAAGACAAACAAACUCAAGGGGACCUUUUACUUCCCUCUUCAUGGGAACAUCCAGAACCAUCACAGCAAAGCAGAGAGGUGCCCAAAAGUGGAAAGCCAUAUCGAGAAACCUAAAAUGGGCACCAAGAAAGUCCACGACACCAUAGACUACACCCAGUCUGGGUUUGAUAUCAAUACAGCUGUUUGGGUCUGAGUUGGUCGGUGGCUUCUCCAAGCAUCUUCCAAAGCAGGGACUGAGGCCACGCGCUGUGCCCUGCCAGGACCGAGCAGGCAGAGCUCCCCAUGGAGUGAGCUUUGGCUUUGGCCAUCAGCACAUGGCAUCUCUGCUGGCUCAGCCCCUUGAAAGCCCUCGGGGGCUGUUUGUGAAAACCAUCCGCUUCUUUGGCAGCUUUUGGGUUGAGCCAGCUCCCAGAGCCUGCCUCAAUGACAGCAGAUUCGGGUCACCUCUGGUUGAAACAGCAGCAGGAUAAAGUUCACUGUGUGCGUGUGUGUGUAUGAGUGUGCAAAUAUACAUAUAAUUUUUUAAGAAAAAUCUUCUCCUGCUUGAGUGCACUUAAAACUGGGUUCUGAGCCUGGCGAUUUCAACAGUGACCCCAAAGGACUUCUUUGAAAGGAAGGAAAAUUCUGAAUUCAGAAGACAGCCAUACUCAGACAGUCGCCCGUUGCAGGUGUUGGAUCCCAGCUCUGCUGCGUUUCAGCUGUUUUUUCCACCCAAACUGCAUCUCUGCUGUACCUGCAGCACUCUCCUUCCCCUGCAGACGGAGCAGCAGGAUGAGAUCCAUGCUCAGCUGUGACAUUGGCCCGUUUCAGCAGCUUUGCCUCUUUCCCCACACUCUUCUCCCAGGGGUCACAUCGAGACACAACACAACGUUGCCACGGAUGUUUCUUGUUAUCGUUGCACUGUGACACAAUUUUGCAAGAGACCUUUGUUAUCGUUUUGUUUCUUAUGCUGUGGUGUACAAACCCUGUCCUGAAAGAACCAAGUUCUUCAGCAUCCCGCUCUCCAAGAGCAACCAAUAAAGCAGCAUCAUCCCUACACGGAGCGCUCCGUGUGUCGUGGU